UUUCUCACCUAAUGCAUCAAGAAUAAGAUCCAUGCAAUUUUUAUGUACACACAUACCUUUCAAUCUUUAUAAAGAAUCCCACUACUUUGGCUCUCUCUCUCUCUCUCUCUGAAAAAAAACCAAAGAAAAAUAAAUAUUGAGUUUGAAGAACACUAGAACUCAACCUUUCUUUGACAGAUAUUUGCUCUCGUUAGAUUUGUGAGGCAGGAAUGGUAAAUGGGUCAGCCGGGUUUUGUUUUUCUGAGGCACAAAGAUGACACAUGUCUGACAUUUUCCUGAGAAAGUGAGAGAGAAAGUUAGGAAGAAAACAAUCAAGUGGGCACUACUAUUUUGCUUCACAAAACCCAAGUAGUAUCAUGCUUCAGUAGCUAUUGUUUUGUUUUGUUUUGUUUUUUUUCUUUUCCUUUCCUCGAGUUCAUCGAGUACUAGUGACUCAUAUCUUAUGCUAAUGCUGUUAAGCAUUAUUUUUCACUUCCCUUUAUAACUGAAGUUCACAGCUUUAUUAUCAUAUCAGCACAAGAAGGUUCUUUCACUUUAUGCUUUUGCUGGUUUUAAAGAUGGGAUUUCAGCUCAAAAUGGUUUCUUUCUGUAUUCAAAAAAGUCUUCUUCUUCUUCUUCUACCUCUCCUCUGCUCAUCUCAAGAAAUAAAUGUGGAAAGAGUAGAUACUCAUAUGAUCAACAAAGACAACAUCAUUAAGAUGGAUCAUAAACUAUUGUUUAAUAUUACAAUUCAUGGAUUUCUUCUCUGGGCUUCAAUGGGAUUUUUUAUGCCUAUUGGGAUCCUCACUAUAAGAAUGUCAAACAGAGAAGAAUGUGGAAGAAGACUCAGAGUUCUUUUCCAGAUUCAUCUUAUUUCACAGGCUCUGGCUGUACUUCUUGCAACAGCAGGAGCAGUUUUGUCCAUCAAAAACUUCAACAACACAUUCAACAAUAAUCACCAAAGAAUAGGGGUAGCCUUGUAUGGAAUAAUCUGGCUCCAAGUCAUUAUUGGGUUCUUCAGGCCAAACAGGGGGGCUAAGGGAAGGAGUGUUUGGUUUUUUGCACAUUGGAUUCUUGGAACUACAGUGUCAUUAUUGGGAGUGUUUAGCAUAUAUUCAGGUUUACAAGCCUUUCAUGAGAAAACAUCAAAAAAAGUAGGGAUUUGGACCUCACUUUUCACUGCUCAAAUAAGUUUCAUAUGCCUUUUUUACCUGUUCCAAGACAAAUGGAGUUAUAUACAAAAACAAGGAGUGAUUUUGGGCACUACUACAGAUCCAAUGCCUGAGGCUCCUCCAAAAGAAAAGCAAAAAGAAUUGGCUAUGGAGUCUUGCUGAGAAAAAAAUUAUAUAUUAAUUAAUUAUAUUACUUAUUUUACUAACCAGAAAAUUUCAUUUCUUGUUUUUCUUUUUCUUCUUUUUUUUGUUAAAUAUUCCCAGAGAUGGGACACAUUGGUUUUUAGAACCCAGUGUUGGGCUGUAGAUUUCUACUCAUAAGAUUGUAUAAUGGAUAUUAUUACUGAAACAGAUAUCACUGUUUUGAAGUUUGUUUGUAUAUUGGAUUGUGUAAUGAAAAUUUUGGACCUUUA